UGCAUACAAAUUGAUUUGUUUUCUGAUAUAAUAAAACUGAAUUCUGUAACUGAAAAUAAUCGGACAAAUGAACCUGGCUGAAACUAAAUUAUGAUAGCUGUUUAAAUAUACCAAUUUUAUUUGAUCUAAAUAGAUGACUAACUUUUAUAGCUGUCAGCAUUUAUACUUCUAAUGUAUUUUUAUGUCUUUUCCAUGUUCACCGCUUAUCGUAAAUAUUUUAAGGACACGUUGUAAAAAUAUGUCACCAUAUUUUUGUUAGUCAUCCGAGUGCAGUACUUCGGCAGCGCCAGUCCAGCAUGACGUAAUUUGUGAGAGAGGCAGGGGAGGCCAGCGAGAGCGGCAGACAGACAAACUGAGGGAGGAGAGGCCGCGCAGGCGCACGGGCAUCCGAAACUGACAGGAAAGGCAGUGCAGCAUUCCCAUCGCUUCGCGGAUAGAAGCGCAUCUUUACACGGACAGCAUCCACAGCAAGAGUACCUGAACCGUGGGGAAACGCAGAUUAAUUGUGUACUACUGUAAAAAAGCAACUCAAACAUGUCUGUGGGUGGUGACUUUGGGAACCCUUUGAGAAAAUUCAAACUCGUUUUUCUAGGGGAGCAAAGCGUUGGGAAAACGUCCCUGAUCACAAGGUUCAUGUAUGACAGCUUCGACAACACGUACCAGGCUACCAUUGGAAUCGACUUCUUAUCAAAAACAAUGUACUUAGAAGACCGAACGGUUAGGCUGCAGCUGUGGGACACGGCGGGACAGGAGCGGUUCCGGAGCCUCAUCCCCAGCUACAUCCGUGACUCCACUGUGGCCGUCGUGGUGUAUGACAUCACGAAUGUUAAUUCCUUCCAGCAGACUUCAAAAUGGAUUGAUGAUGUCAGAACAGAAAGAGGAAGUGAUGUCAUCAUCAUGUUAGUGGGCAAUAAAACAGACCUGGCAGAUAAGAGGCAAAUUACAAUUGAAGAGGGAGAGCAGAGAGCCAAAGAGCUGAAUGUAAUGUUCAUCGAGACCAGCGCCAAGACGGGGUAUAACGUCAAGCAGCUGUUUCGACGUGUGGCAGCCGCCCUGCCAGGGAUGGAGAGCAUGCAGGAGACGAGCAAAGAAGGCAUGAUUGACAUCAAGCUGGACAAACCACAGGAGCCCCCAACCAGUGAGAGUGGCUGCUCCUGUUAAUGCACAGGACUGAACUGGGCAGCUUCAUUUAUCACAUGCUUGUUGUGUUGCUUCCUAUUGGUUAGCUUCCAGUUGAGUUUUCAGAUAUUUGGAUAUUUGGCCUUUUACAUCUGAUUGGUUGGAACUAGUGUAACUUCAAUCUUCAGUUGUAAAAUAUUGUACUUUAUUAACCAAAUUGCCAAAAAGUUUUAAAAAUUCAAAAAUGAAAAAAAAAGACAAAGGAAAAAAUGGUAGAUUAAUUUAAAAUGUGUGUAUACUUUUUUGAAAAACUAGAAUGGUACAGUUUUUUGUUUUGUAUUUUUGUAUACAUAAGGAAAAGCACUAAAAAUGAUGCAGACAACCUAAGUAUUCCGCUUGUUCAAGAGUGAGAGGGAUUGGGCUGGAUAGUCCAAUAAAAAAAUAGCAUUCCUAAGUGAAUAUACACAGCAUGCAUGCAAGCAGUUUUUGAGCGUUAAUUCCGUCUGCUGGUGUACACGAGUUUAAAUUGUUAAAGCUUAUUAACACCUGUGACUUUAUGCAUCACGUGGAAAGUUAUCUCGUCCAACAUUCCUGUAAAAAACUGGAUUUGAGUAUAUGAUUUAAGAAUUUGUUUUCAGUCAGUUGUAUGUGUAAAUGUUACCUAUCUAUACAAGCAACUUUAGAUAGCAACUGGACCUUUUGAACAAGCCAUGUCCUUUGCAUAUUGAUCGUUUUUGCUGAUGGAGUUUCACGAGCUUUCCUGAGCACUGAAACAUGCUACACAGUACUGUAUAUAGUGUUUAUAUAAUUGUGAUCACUCUUUGUUAGAUGCAGUCCAUAUUCACCCAUGCGGAAGGUACACAGCAGGUUUUAAGAAUCCAAGGGCUUCACUCUGGCCUUUGUCUUUUCCCACUGACAGCCACGCAUUCGCUGCACGGUGUCUUAACUGCAGUCUAUUGUGUCACGUCCUUACUCUCGCUCCAAUCCGCUGGUCAAAAUUGCGUUGGUAGCUGAUCUGUCCCACUCCGUCUACCAACAAUACCUCUUAAGAAUUUGGGCUUUUCUGGCCUCGUCUCCACAAAAAAAUUAAUGGGAGACAUGACUGGCGAUAGACUGCAGUAGUUUGCACAUUUAGUCUUUUGCGCUUAAAGCUAGGAAAGUAGCUACAAUUAGCAUGGAGCAAAGGGAUGACCACUCCAGAGGCUGGGCGUCCUGAGAUCGUCUGCCCGACAAAAAUAAAAUGUAGGUCUGCUUUGCUGAAAAACAACCGAUAUCAAAACACUUUGCUGCUUUUGCGAGACUGUCUUGGGGGGACUACGGAGCUCACUUGGCAAGAAAAACUCAGUUCAUUAGCAUGGUGCGACUUCUGCAGGUUUGUUUGUGAAAAUUUUAAAAAGGAAAAUAAAAUCAAUAAGAAACGGCAAAGGAACUUCAAAACAUUGAGAUUUUUGGUGGCCCAGUGGUUAGUGAAAUAGUUUUUAUUUGCCUUUGUCUUUCGUGUGAGACUUAAAUGCACUUUUUGUAUGUUUUGACAAUGUAAUACAUGCAUAGUAGCCUUCGCCAUUAAUGGAAUAUAACACACAUCUUCAUAGAAGCUAGAAUAUCUCCAAUUGAUAUUAUGUUUUUAAAAAUGCAUUAUUAUUAGAAAGCUAUCUUGAAUAAGGCUAACAUUGUCAAACUCAAUUCAACCAAAAUCUUCCUGCAGGAACCUCUGAAAAGAUAUGGCUGGAUUAAGAAUACUGUAUGUACUGUAGUAUGUUACUGCAGUAUGAUGUUUCUGAAUGCUUUUAGAAGAGCUGAACAUGAGAUGGUUUCAUUGUGUCUGUAGGACUGUGUAUUAGACCAGGCUACCACCCCUUUCAAUCAAAGAAAAUGAAAAUACCCAGAACAAAUGCCAUUUUACAACAAAAUAUUUACAUAUCUAUUUAUUGCCCUUGCUCUGACUGACAAUAGGGGUCUUUGGCUGUAAAUUUGUCUGUUAAUCUGAAAUGUUAAAAGUGCACUGUAGAUUCAUGUCUUUCUCUUCUUGUUUUCAACAUAAAUGUUUAUUGCUGCCUGUCAGGACUGCAGAAGGGGUAGAAUAUUCACAUGCUCACUGGACAAAUAGCUAGAGAGCCUAACCCCCACUCACCCCCUCACCCCACACUGUAAAAUACCAUGGCACAUAUCCACCAUAGUUGUAAAGGAAGCCUAGAAGGCCUCCUCUUAGGUGUCCGUGUUAGCCCUUGCUUCGAUUAGCUUUUCUCUCCCGUUUCCUUGUUUAUUACACUGGUGCCUUCUUGGAACACUUCUUGGCAUGCCAUGUGCUCCUUGUGGGGGGUCUAGAACGUUAUACAGUGGGGCUUUUGGGCAUAGAAGGGAAAACCUGGGGGUUUUGGGGUGGGGAGUACUUUUUAAUUGGUUAAAUGACAUGUGUAUUCGUCAUUCGUUUUCCAUGUACCUAGAAUGUGUCAGACCAUUUCUUUUUUUUGCAGUCACCUCUGAAGCCAGGCCUGGAGUGUCAGCAGAAACCUCCCACGUAGGGAAGUAACCAACUCAAAGUACUUCCCUACUAAGUUUCAUUUGGCUAGGUUUUGAGAGGGAGGACUGGCAUUCCCCCAGCUUCCACACAACACUCCUGGGGGCUCAUUGUGCUUUCUGUAGCAUCGCGUCAAUGUCACGGCAACGCCGAGGGAACGUUGUGCACUAGCUGGGGUCCUGCUAGGCAGGGCGAGGCCAUUCGUGACCAGGGAAGGCUCUUCAUUCACAAUGUAUAGAGAUUUAGCAUGUCUGUCUAAAGAUCAAUAAAAAUGUCUUAUUACCAAAAA